UACGUCAUAUCAAAAAAAACAAGAUUUAUAAUAUCUUUAGCUAACCCUUUAAACCAUUUUUUCUAAUUAAGAAAAAAUGGCAAGUUCUUCCACCACAUCUACACUAGCCAUUUUUCUUCUUUGCAUGACCCUUGUUGGCCAGUCUUAUGGGCAGCUAAAGACUGGGUUUUACAUUGGAAAAUGUAAGACGAACAACGUCGAACAAGUUAUUUUUGACAUAGUUAGUCCAGCUUUCGAUAGAGAUAACACAAUUGUAGCUGCUCUUCUCCGUAUGCAGUUUCAUGAUUGCUUUGUUAGGGGAUGUGAUGCAUCCCUAUUGUUAGAUGGAAGCACCUCUGAGAAAACCGCUGGAGCUAAUGGCAGCGUUAGAGGUUACGAGCUUAUUGAAACUUGUAAAGCGAAUUUGGAGCAAAAGUGCGCAGGAAUUGUAUCUUGUGCUGAUAUUAUCGUCAUAGCAACCAGAGUUGCGGUCUUCAGGGCCCAAGGAAAGUGGUACAGUGUGGAAACUGGAAGAAGAGAUGGUGUCGUUUCGAGUGCUGCAGAAGCUAGCUCAAACCUUCCUGGACCAAGCAUCCCUGUUCCAAAUGCCAUUGAUUUAUUCAGAAGGAGAGGUUUGAGUGCUACUGAUAUGGUGCUCCUCAUAGGAGGUGGUCACACUGUUGGAAUCAUUCAUUGCAACUUCUUCCUAGACCGACUAUACAAUUACCAAGGAACCGGAAGAGCUGACUCAACCAUAAACCCAUCUACUCUCGCAUUCUUUCAAUCAAGAUGCCCUCGUAGUGGAUCAAACAACUUCGUUUUCGCAGAUCAAACACCAGGAAGUGAAUUUAAGGUAGACAAAGGUUUCUACCAAGCAAUUAGGCAAGGCAAAGGUGUACUCGAAAUCGAUCAACGACUAGCAUCGGACUCAUCUACCUCUAGUACAGUGAGCAGGCUGUCCAUGACUGGAGACUUUGCAUUCCAAUUUGGUGGUGCAAUGGUCAGGCUUGGUCGCGUAGGAGUCCUUACUGGCACACAAGGCCAAAUCAGGAGCACUUGCAGCCGUGUUAAGUGAUAACUUUUUCCGAUUUUUGGUUCUUCUUUGAUGUUACUUUCAUUGCUUAAUUUGUAUCCUUGCAAUGUUGUUAUUUCAUUAUUACUUCAUUUGUUUUAUUUUGAUUCCAAUAUGUUGUUCUUGAGUAACAGUAUGUAUGUUUGUUUUAUCUUUGGAAUACGAUAUAAGUUCCAAAGUUUGCCAUGUUUGAGAGUUAAAACAUGGCUAAUUCAAUACA